UGUUCCAUCGCUGCAGCGAUAAGGUGAGGGCCGUGUAGACAACACUGUACAGUACUAUUCCGUUCCGUUACCGCGUGGGUGGCCAUGGAUGAUGGGUCGGACGGGACCCUCUUGUGUUGAGAUUCUUCUCCAUCUUUGGGCGUCCAGGUCGUCAUGCCUUGCAUUGCAUGGCCUUCAGAUCGUACUGCCGCUAAAAAAUAACGGCGGGUUCGGACUGGGAAGCGUGACAGGUCAAAAUCUUCCAAGCCCAAAAACGUGCGCAGUGCGACUUUUUAAAGCCUCUCGUUGCGAACAAGAGAAGCAUCCGAAGCCAACCGCGACGCUUCGAGUUGGGUCUUAUAUCUGUCUCCAGACAGUUGCUAUCGAUUGCGCCAUCAGUGCAGCCCAAACGGAUAUAAUUCUCUCAAGUCCGGAGCUUCAAGUCAAGACACCAAUUAUCCCAAUUGGUAGGCCGGAAGACGCACCUAAGACGGUCUAGAUACUACCUCUACCUACCUCGACAAGCUUGUCCGACCAAGGACUGAAGAGGAAACAUUCUGUUAGUUUCCACUUGUGAGAUAUUACACUACUAUACCAGGCUGUUUACGUACGGUUCAUAGUUGCGGUGCGCACUAACACCCAAGCUCCGGUCGCUAACUGGCCAGCGCGGUGUCCCUUUUUUCGGCGUGUUUUUGGCGUGUUGACGGGGUCCUCAGUACAACUAGGAAUCCCGGAUCACCGACGAACUGGUCCCGAGCGUCGUCACU